CUAACAGGUAUCUCUAAUCCGCGAUUAGAAUUAAUUCUAUGUUUUUGUAGCGCCUUAGUCUGCAAGGUAAACAUGGUCGACUCCCAUUUUCACGUUCAGCUGACAGCUGUGUUGGAUGUGCUCAUGAAAACGGCGGUAUCAGACAUUUGUGCUCUGGCGGAGAGCUGGUUUAAAUCCCUUCACAUGGAAUUAGCGAGAAGCAAAAAGGAGAACGAAGAUUUAAGGGAAAAGCUGCAAAGCAUGGAGCAACAAAAACACCUCGAACCUGCAGCUGAACCUCCGGUGCUGGAGAACAAAAUGACCAAAGAGGAGAAAGAGGACACUGGCAGUGAAGUGAGAGAUACAGACGAUUCUGGCAGCACAGUGUUUGCAGGAACCUCUACAGAAGAUCUACCUUCCAGUGCACAUCUAUGGCCUUCAUCUUCUGAGGAAGACUUUAAGAAAAGAAAUUGUUCAGCAACUGAAUCUGCGCCAGACAAAAGAGCACACUCGAGAUGGAAACAUACAGCGGUGAGCACAAAAGCAGAAAUGCUGGACAGAUCUUUUAUGGAAAGAGUAGAGCAAAAGCUAGACGAUACAGAAGGAAAUAGUCAGUGUUAUGCACUCAGUAAUGAACUCAAGGCUGAAUCAGAGAAGUCUCAGCCUGCUCUCCAAACCUCUGAGUGCAGCAUCGAUGUUGGCUCACACUGUGAAGAAGAGUGUGUGGUGCUGGAGGAGCUGUGUGACACCGAGUGUCCUCAACACAGAAGAGAAGAAGGGCAGCAGUCUGACGUCUCCUGCUUUUGGACACCGAAUUCCACACAUCUGCCUAGAGGCAAUCGAUCAGCCUUCAGGAGCUCAGACUGUAGGAUGAAUUUAAAUUUGGACAAUUUAGCAAUGACGGACAAAAAUGCGAAACAUUUGGAUUAUUCUAAAAGUUUCUCCCUUUCUCUGCCGUGUGAGAAAAACGGCAUAUUUACCUGUGAUGUCUGUGGGAAAAAUCUUUCGACAAAAAAUUCGCUUGCUUCUCACUACAGACUCCACACUGGAGAGAAGCCGUUCAUGUGUGCUCAGUGUGGCAAGAGUUUCGCCAAGAAGUUUAACCUUGAGAUCCACUACAACAUCCACACCGGAGCGAAACCCUAUAUGUGCACACUCUGCCCAAAGUCAUUCGCCGACCCAAGCGCUUUUAGGCGACACGAAUGGAUACACACACGCAAAUCACAACAAAACACAUGCAGCACUAAAUACAGAUUCACUUGUAACCAGUGUGGCAAAUGUUUUCUGUCAAAACCAUCACUUGCUGCACAUUCUCAGUUACAUACUGCAGAGAAGCAACAAAGGGUUUUGUUUUAAUGUAAAAAAAGACUGUUUAAAAGCAAAACAAAUGUUUAUUUAGCGAAUGUUCAUAUUUUAAAUGUCCACAAUCUGCUUGUUCAGUAGCCUAUACUUUGAGUUUUCAGAUAGCUAUUGACUCUGCGUUCCUUUAUUUUAUAUGCACUGUCUAAAGGAGUUUUCUUUACAUUAACAGAUAUACACAUGGAAGUUACUGAUGCAUGAAUAUUGAACAUAUUAAAUAAAUGCAAAAAA